AUGAUAACUGCUGUUUUUCAUCAGAAAGUUGAUGGCUCCUCUUUUACUGAGAAUCAGCUCUUGAUGCAUUUGCUGGACCUACACUUUGCUGGGACUGAUACCACAUCCAACACCCUCCUUACAGCGUUCCUCUACCUUAUCACUCAUUCAGAUGUUCAAGAGAAAUGCCAGCAAGAGAUUGACACGGUUCUGUAGGGAAAAGCUCAAGCGUCUUUUGAGGAUAGACACAAUAUGCCAUACACACAGGCUGUGAUUCACGAGUCUCAGCGCAUCACCAACACCGUCCCUCUGAGUGUGUUCCACUGCACCACAAGAGAUACUGAACUGAUGGGCUACAACAUCCCAAAGGGCACUGUCAUCAUCCCUAACCUUUCCUCAGUGCUGUGUGAAGAAGGCCAUUGGAAGUUUGCUCAUGAAUUUAAUCCAUCAAACUUUCUAAAUGAACAGGGACAGUUUGAGAAGCCUGAAGCCUUCAUACCAUUUUCUGCUGGUCUUCGGUCAUGUCUCGGUGAAGGCCUGGCUUGCAUGGAGCUCUUCCUCACUUUUGUCACUCUGCUGCACCGCUUCCAGUUCAUUUGGCCUGAAGAUGCAGGAGAACCAGACUUCACUCCUGUGUAUGGAAUCACACUUACACCCAAACCAUACAGGAUGGGAGUCAGGCUGAGACAGCCAGCUAGAUAAAUGUAGAA